GCAGAUGCUGGAGAUAAACACAUUUUCAGUUCCUACCCUUCUACUAAGGGACAAGAACCCCUCCCGCAGAUUUAUUUGAGUAGGUCAGGCAGAAAGAGAGAGUUUUAUCUCGUAUAUUCUUCCUUAAAUUUUGCAUCAGAUAUCCAUUCAUUCGUUGGAAUCCCAGAGAUUCAUAACUGGAGAAUAUCUCCAGGAAUGUGUGUCUGUGUUUUUUUUAAUUAAUUGAAGCAAACCCUCGUGGUCUUUUUUUUAAAUACAUAUAUAGUUUUUUUUAAAAAAAAUAGAAUUAUCUUACCUCUGCCACAAGUCUGCCCGGAAGAAGUUUCUAUCGCCAUCCGUCUCUCCCAGCGGUUCGAUCGGGAUCCUGUGCCGCCUUUCAGCGCUCCCAGCCCGGAUCAGACACCUUGUCUCUGUUCCUCAGUCAAUCACACUCCUCAGUUUGAAAGAUGAAGUUGCCUCUGGCAAUUGGUUUAGUCCUGAUAAUGGAAGUUCUCUUGAUGGAUGGGAUUCAAGCAGCCAAAAGAAGACAAAUCAAGAUAAGGAACAGAAUGGAAGGUAAAAAGUGCACAACAGGUCCCAUGGAUCUGUUGUUUAUUAUUGACAGCUCCAGGAGUGUCCGCCCGUUUGAGUUCGAGCUAAUGAGGAACUUUGUGAUCGACAUGAUCAACUUCUUGAAUGUGGGACCUGCUGCUGGCAGGGUUGCUUUGAUCCAGUACUCCAGCCAGAUCCAGAAUGUCUUCUCCUUCAAAACCUUCCAGAAGAAAGCUGACAUGAUCAAGAGUGUCAAAGAGGUGAUCCCACUGGCCCAGGGGACAAUGACUGGCUUAGCCAUCCAGUACGCCAUGAACGUUGCCUUCACGGAGGAACAGGGUGCCCGACCCCUGGCACAGAAAAUCCCAAGAGUUGCCAUCAUUAUAACAGAUGGGAUGCCCCAGGACCGGGUGACAGAGGUAGCAGCGGAAGCUCGGGAGUCUGGUAUUGAGAUCUAUGCCGUUGGGGUGCAGAGAGCAGAGAUCUCCUCCCUCAGAGCCAUGGCCUCCUUGCCACAUGAGGAGCAUGUCUUCCUGGUUGAGAACUUUGACUUGAUUGAUCAGUUCGCUAAGACCUUCAAGGACAAGUUGUGUUCUCAGGAUCUGUGUGCUAGUGAGAGUCAUGGUUGUGAGCACAUCUGUGUCACCACUCCUGAGUCCUUCCACUGUGCUUGCCGUGAGGGCUAUGUGCUGAACCCAGACAAGAAGACAUGCACAGCUAUUGACCUCUGUUCCCAUGGAGACCAUGACUGUGAGCAGAUAUGCAUCAGCUCUCCGGGUUCAUACAAGUGCAGUUGCCGUGAGGGCUUCAGACUGAACCCAGACAAGAAGACUUGUAGUGCUGUCAACCUCUGUGCCCUGGGAGGUCAUGGCUGUGAACAUAUCUGUGUAAGCACACCUGGGUCCUAUCGCUGCCGCUGUCGAUCUGGCUACACUCUCAAUCAGGACAAGAAGACUUGCUCAGCCGUCGACCUCUGUGCCCUGGGAGAUCAUGGCUGUGAGCACAUCUGCGUGAGCACCCCUGGGUCAUAUAGGUGCCGAUGCCAACCGGGGUACACCCUCAAUCAGGACAAGAAGACCUGUAGCAUGGUGAACUAUUGUUCGUUUGGGAACCACAGCUGCCAACAUGAAUGUGUCAGCAUUCUGAAUGGAUAUUAUUGCACGUGCCGGGAUGGAUUUGAACUGCACGAUGAUGGGAAAACGUGUAAAGUUGUCGAUAUGUGUAACACUGUGGAACAUGGGUGUGAGUUCAAGUGUGUCAGCACUCCUGGGUCAUACUUCUGCAUCUGCCCCCCGGGAAGGCAACUGAACGAAGAUGGGAAGACCUGUAAUAGAUGCAGCAAGGCAAACAUUGACCUGGCCUUUGUCAUCGAUGGGUCCAAGAGUGUACGACCUGAGAACUUUGAACUGGUGAAGAAGUUUGUGAACAACAUUGUGGAUGCCUUGGAUAUCUCCAGCCAGGGUACCCGGGUGGCCUUGGUGCAGUAUUCCAGCAGCGUGCGCACUGAGAUUCCAUUGGGCACACACACGACCGCUGCAGCUUUGAAGAAAGCAGUGAACAAUGUGGUGUACAUGGAGAAGGGCACCAUGACUGGACUCGCUCUCAAACACAUGGUGGAGAACGUCUUCACUGAAGCAGGAGGUGCCAGACCUGGAUCUCAGAGCCAGCCCAGGGUAGGCGUCGUGUUCACCGAUGGCCGUUCUCAAGACAGCAUCUCUGAGUGGGCCAAAAAGGCCAAAGACGCUGGGAUCACUAUGUACGCUGUUGGUGUCGGUAAGGCAGUGGAGGACGAACUGCGAGAAAUUGCAUCAGAACCAGUUGAUCAACAUUUCUUCUAUGCUUCAGACUUUAGCAUCAUCGAUCAAAUCGCUGAGAACCUAAAAGUGAACAUUUGUGAGGAGGAAGUGACUGGACAGGAGACGAUUAAAGAUCCGUGUGCUUGUGAAACCCUUGUAGCAUUCCAACAGGACACAUUAUCGUUGUUAGAAGAAUUCUCUCAAAAACAUAUCCUUUUCUCCAUGGAGUGA